AUGGCUACUCAAUCAGACUCCAAGCCGCGCAAGUCGCUCAUCCUCAAUGCCUUCGUGGAGAUGUGCAGUGGCCACCAGUCGCCUGGACUCUGGCGCCACCCUGAAGACGAGUCGCAUCGCUUCAAUGAUGUCGACCAUUGGGUAGAGCUAGCACAACUCCUCGAGUCCGCCAAGUUCCAUGGUAUUUUCAUUGCAGAUGUCCUGGGAGGAUACGAUGUUUACAAAGGACCCCGAAACCUCGACCCAGCCAUCAUCUCUGGCGCACAGUGGCCAGUGAACGAGCCAUUGGCUGUUGUUCCUGCGAUGGCUGCAGCCACGAAGAACAUCGGAUUCGGAGUCACAGUCACAACAACUUAUGAACAACCAUAUCACUUGGCCAGACGCCUCUCCACAGUCGAUCAUCUUACCAAAGGACGACUGGGAUGGAACGUCGUAACAGGAUAUCUCGAUUCCGCCGCCCGCAACAUGGGCCAAGCCGAGCAACCGCAUCACGAUGACCGCUACCUCCUGGCCGAAGAAUAUAUCAAGGUGACCUACAAGCUCUGGGAAUCUUCCUGGCGCCAAGAUGCCGUGAUCCGUGACCGCGAGCGCGGCAUCUACACCGACCCCGCCGGCGUGCGCCAAAUCAACCACGUUGGCAAAUACUUCAAUGUACCAGGACCUCACCUCUGCCAGCCCAGCCCCCAGCGCACACCCGUCAUCCUGCAAGCCGGUACCUCCAAGGCCGGUAAGACCUUCGCAGCACAACACGCAGAAGCCAUUUUCGUGGCCGGCCACAGCCCUGCCGUGGUAGCGAAGAACGUGAAGGAGAUUCGGGAGCUUGCUCAGAGCGAGUACGGACGUGACCCGCAGAGUAUCAAGUUCCUCGCACUUCUGUGCCCGAUUCUGGGUAAGACAGAGGAGGAGGCCGUGGAGAAGUUUAAGUAUUUCCGCAGUCUUGGAUCUAUUGAUGGUGCUCUUGCACUAUUCGGUGGCUGGACCGGAAUCGAUUUGGAUACAUAUGAGGAGGACCAGGAAUUGCGACAUGUUGAGAGUAAUGCUAUCCGUUCCGCUGUCGAGGGUUGGUCGAAGGCUACUCCCGAAGUGGAAAAAUGGACCAAGACCACGGUUGGCCAGCACAUCACCGUCGGAGGCCUGGGCUCUACGCCUGUUGGUACAGCCGCCCAAGUUGCCGAUGCCAUGGAGCGGUGGGUAGAAGAAGCCGAUGUGGAUGGAUUUAACCUGGCAUACGCAAUCAAGCCUGGCUCUUUUAAGGAUAUCAUCGAUCUUCUGAUCCCCGAGCUGCGCAAGCGCGGUCUUUUCUGGGACGACUAUGCCGCGCCCAAGGGAACUUACCGUGAGAACCUGUAUGCGCAGCCAGGCCAAUCGGGACCUCACGCGGACCACCCUGCUUCCAAAUACCGGUGGAAUGCGGGCGUGGAUGCGGCGGAUGCUCAUUUCCCUGAGAACUAA